UCCACCCCAGUUUCUGCCUCCUCCUCCUUGUCACACCAACACAAUGUCACUCUGUUCGCCACCAUCGCAUUUUCACCUCUCAAACGCCGUCGUUUCGCACUACCACGGCCCCGACCUUAUUAACCUCCCUCUCCAAUGCCCCCAAAACCCUAAACCCUGUCCCGAGCCCUCAGCCUCGUUAAAGCUCGCGGCUCCUGUCCGCAACCGCGGCUUCCGCCUCAAUUGCCUGAGAUCAGAUACGCCGAUCUCCAUUGCGCCGCAGAAUGGCGAUUUCACCGAGCCGAAAAUCGACGGCGGCGGCGGAGGCCGUGACGGCGGGGAUUCCUCCUCCGGUGGUGGUGGUGGUGGUGGGGAAGGAGAGGGCGGUGGCAAUGAGGAGGAUGCGGAGGGGGAGGAGUUUGGGCCGUUGUUGAGGUUUGAUGAGGUGAUGAAGGAGACUGAAGCUCGCGGAGUGGAGCUUCCUUUGGAUAUGGUCGAGGCUGCUAAGACUACUGGCCUUCGUAAAGAGUUUCUUCUCCGCUACUUGGCUUUACAGGGGUCAGUUUGGCCACUGAGCUUUUUGAUGAAGUACUGCUCUAUGCUACGUAAUCGAAUGCUGGCUGAUCCUUCCUUUCUGUUUAAAGUUGGCACAGAGAUAGUCAUAGACUCUUGUUGUGCAACAUUUGCAGAAGUUCAGAAAAGGGGGAAGGACUUCUGGAAUGAGUUUGAGUUGUAUGCCGCGGAUCUUUUGGUUGGAAUCGUUGUUGAUAUUGCUUUGGUUGGUAUGUUGGCACCCUAUGCUCGAAUUGGAAAACCAUCAAUAUCACAUGGUUUAUUUGGACGCGUACAACAAGCUUGUGCGGCUCUCCCUAGCAGCGUCUUUGAAGCUGAAAGGCCAGGAUGUAGAUUCUCAGUGAAGCAGAGAGUAGCCUCAUUCUUCUAUAAGGGUGUGUUGUAUGGUUCAGUUGGUUUUGUAUGUGGUAUUAUUGGACAAGGGAUUGCUAACCUGAUCAUGAAUGCCAAACGGAGCAUUAAGAAGUCAGAAGAGGACAUACCUGUGCCUCCUCUUGUGAAAAGUGCUGCUCUUUGGGGUGUGUUUCUUGCUUUCUCGUCCAACACUCGUUAUCAGAUUGUAAAUGGACUGGAAGGGCUGGUUGAAGCAUCGCCUUUGGCGAAGCGUGUUCCACCAGUUGCAAUGGCAUUCACUAUAGGUGUCCGAUUUGCCAACAAUAUCUAUGGUGGUAUGCAAUUUGUAGAUUGGGCCAAAUUGAGUGGAGUGCAAUAAGACUAGUAUUGCUUGCCAAAAUAGUUGUUUUCAGUUAUCAUAUAUACAAUAGAGAUUCUUCAUACUUUUGAGUCGCAGCUUUUUAUCUGGUAUAGAUCAUUCCAAAGAGGGGAUAGAUCAUUUUUGGAUUUUGGUACAGAAUUUCUGUUUUCCCUUGUCAAUUCUGGUAAUGAUUUUUUCUAUGGGCAAUUUUUUCACUUUGGCCAAACAUAAACAUCAGGGGACACAGAUCCUCUCCUCAUGAGAGGGUUCCUCAUCCAUGGAUCACAUAUAAUAUCACUAAAAGAUAAUAGCAUCUUUAGCAGA